GGAAUCACUUAGAUCCUCCCUCAUCGAGAUGCCUGCCGUAUACCCGAAGCCUUAUCUCGUCCAGGAAGAGGGUGGGGAUCCCGCAAAUCCCGGGAAUUGGAGUACCCCGUGCAAAAUCCAGGUAACCUUGCAGUUAAAUCUCUUAGCCUUUGCUUCCAGCUUGGGAUUAAGUAUCACUGUUUCUGCUGAGAAUGACAUAUCGCGCGUCUUUAGGGUUAGUCGAAAGGUUUCCGUACUUUCCGUCUCGUUAUACCAUUGGGUUUGCUUGUGUCCCUCUAUUUGGGCCCCAGUUUUGGAUAUCUGGGGCCGGCGAUGGAGCCUUUUGCCGCCCAUGUUCUGUCUCGGCCUCUUUUCCAUAGGCACUGCAACUUCUAAAACGGCCGCCGGCGUCUUUGCCACACGCUUCUUUGCUGGCGUUUUCGGUUCGGCUCCAGUCAGCAACGUCUCCGUUGCAUUAGAGGACAUAUGGCAGCCGCACGUUCGUGGGACGGGCCAUGUGCUUUUGCCCUUGAUAGGCGCUGCAGCAGCCGUGAACUCGGAGCUGAGGUGGCGCUGGACGGAAUUCAUCGAAGCCAUCAUCGUCUUUGCUGUCUUUAAUCUCACAGCCUCCACCCUCCCGGAGCUUUACCACCCUGUAUUGCUCAACCUAAAAUUGGACUUCAAAAGUCUUGCCACCAAACACUUUGUAAGGCCGUUGAGGAUACUGUUCACAGACCCAAUUGUUACAUGCAUCGCAUUGUAUACCUCCGCUUAUAGCCUUCUUUACCUGACUCUGGAGGUCUUCCCGAUCGUGUAUUUAGAGACUCGCCACUACACCCCAGUUCCUGCCUCUCUUCCAUUCUUGGGCUUCUUCGUUGGCAUUCUCUUCGCUGUCUUCAUCAACUUAGCCAAUGAACCCCGAUACGCACGGCUGUUAGCUAAAGCCAAGGGGAAACCCCUACCUGAAGGCCGACUCCCACUGAUGAUUGUUGGUAUGGUCCUUUUCCCUAUCGGCCUCUUCUGGUUUGGCUGGACGGCAAACCCAAAAUACCAUUGGGCAGUUUCAGCAGUCGCCACCGCCUUCAUUGGCAGAGGUUUCAACUUGAUCUUCCAGCAAUGUAUUACUUUCCUCGUGGAUUCCUACGGACUUUAUGCUGCGAGUGCAACUAGUGCGAAUACUUUUUUAAGGGGCUUAAUGACAGCGGGACUCCCUCUUAUUGCCAGGUCUACGUUUCAUACCCUUGGAAUUGACCCGGCAAUGAGUAUUAUUGGUGCUGUGGCUGUGGUCGCAAUCUCUGUUCCCGUCUUCUCAAGCUUCAAACUUAUGAUGGAAUGUGGCGAAGUGAGUCCGCCAAGAGUUUGA